AAUGCUCGCUACAGAUACUCUCAGUGCGCAUGGUCAGUAGUUCGGUGUGAUUGAUCUCGGUUUGGUGUGUUUCUGAGCUCGUGCGGCCGAAUCAGCUGCACUUCACGCUUUGCUGGGUGUGCAGCGGGCGGAAGUUGGAGAGUAAUAUUACUGGAUACAAAUACGUAUUCAAAACUUUUUUUUUUACAAAGAGAACAAAGAAUGUCGGCUAUUAAGGCUAAAAAAGUAAAAAUGGCUACCAAAUCAUGUCCAGAAUGCGAUCAACAGAUUCCAGUUGCUUGCAAGUCGUGUCCAUGUGGCUACGUGUUUAUUAGCCGAAAACUUCUAAAUGCAAAACUAUCCGAGAGAUCGUCAUCUGGAAUAGACAAACUGGAUCCUAAGCGGAGGAGAACGGAGAGGAUUCGGAGGGACAGGAUUAAUUCCACUUCACCUAAUGACAUGGAGAAUAGGAGGCAGUCCCGUUCAAACAGUCAAUCAGAGCAGAUCCGCAGAGGGAGGGGUCGGCCCAAGACCACAACGCUCAAAAAGCAGGAGGAGGAGAAAGAGAAGCAAGACAAAGAGAUUGACAUUUAUGCCAACCUCUCGGACGAAAAGGCCUUUGUGUUUUCAGUGGCUUUGGCUGAGAUCAACAGAAAGAUCCUAGGUCAGAGGCUGAUUUUGUGACCAGAAUGCUUACAAGGGGACUUUGAGGCAGGAAAAUCAGGACCAGUGCUACAGAGUCAUGACUGGCAGCAGUAUACCUGACAGACCGGACCCAGGAAGUGCUUUAGACCAACUGAAGGACACCCUCCAAAGGUCAGGUCCGACUCACCGACUUUACCAGGAUACAGUGGUUCCAUGGAUACAUGUUGUGCAUGUCCGAACAGCUGUCUUAAAGAACUUUCCUAAUUAAUGUAAACGGAAAGUGUGAGAAACUUAAAUAUUAAUGUAUUUUCCUAUUGUAUAGCCUAUAUCAUGAAUUCUUCAUUAUGCCAAACGAAAAAAUGAGCUGUCGAAUGGAACAAAAACUAUUUUUAAAAAUCGUUAUUUCUGUUCGCAUGGUGUCAUUGGACAAAGAAAUCAGUCUAAACAGUUAGAAUUAUGGGUCAGACAUCUGAAGUUUACUCAUCUGCAAUAUUGUCUUUACAUGUCUUUAAAUGUAGAUGAUAAACUAAACUAUGGUGUUUGGUUAAUGACUUUGAAUUCUGUUUUAAAUGUAGGGACUAUUUCUUGGCAGUUAAUAUUUAUUAUGCCUGUACAUUCUUAAUUUAAUUGCAUAUUUUAUUCUGUUUUAACAAAUGAUAUACAUUUAAUUUUGUAAAAUAUUUUUUUCUGUACUUCAAUAAACUGAACUUCAAAGGAAAAGAGGGAUUUUUAAAAAUAAAUGUAUGCGGUCAUUCAUUUUUUCUGCUUUAAAAUGAGUCCACAAAUCAACCUGCAGUUCAUAAAAAGACAAUGAAAUGGAAAAUUAGAAUUAGUGUAUUUUUCUGUAUAGGGGAUGUACAGAGGUUUGGCAUCACGCCACACAGGGCCAUACCUCCUCUAUCCUGUGCACAUUCAGCAAAGUCACGCAGACACAUACUGGAACACUGUCGCAUGUGUGAAUAAUAUUUAGCCCAGAUCUAAUUUAUCUGUCAAAUGUAAGUCCUACUUUGUUGUGGGAUUGUUUGUUUAUGACGAAAUGGUGCUCUCAUUCGUUUAAAACAUUUCGGUAAGUUUUGUCUUAAAUCUUGUUUCAGCUGCAGUCAGCUGAAUUUGCAAUUAAUAAAAUGUCUGAAUUCAGAUGAUAAGUUCAAAUUUAUAAUGCAAAUUUAACCUAGUGAAUUUCAUUUUGCUGUAGAUGUUUAAUGUAGAUUUCACAUUCAAUUUUGGCUACCUAUGAAAACGCUUUACUGACAGUUGUGUGACUUACCCAGAGUCUGACCCAGUUCACUUCCGAUUAAAUUUCAACCGACUCAUCAAAUUUGAUGUAUUAACAGCUAGAUUGUUAGAAUGGUGACAUUAGGUAAUUCAAAAAAAGAUUAUAUAUAUAGACUAUAAAUUCCAAAAGGUGGAUAAAUCAAAGAUAACACUAGCAGUUAAGCCAAAUGGAAGCACUCAGCCUUGUACCUGAAGUGAAUGUUGUUCUGAUGAUAACAAUAAUGACAGAUUUUUUGUGACUUCUACAUUUGCAUAUUUUUAUGUAUGUUUCUCAGGUAUAAUUUCUUCUGUGCAUUCAGGCUUUUCUUAAUGGUCCCUGCUCCCUUAAUAUUCAUUAACCAGAUGAUUGACUCUCUCAGCUUUUUAACAAUCAACACCUGUUUGAAAUCUGCUUUCUUCCCAGAGACAGCUUAUCAGAGAACUUUCUACAAAUGGCUCAACCAUGUGGAACUUCUUUCAGUUUCCAUGGAGCUCUGCAAAUUCCAGAAACAUAGUUCAAAAUGAAUGAACCUGGGUCAGAUUUUCUUCUUCACGUGUUCUAUAUACAUUAUACGUGCCUGACUGGCUGAAAAAACCCCUCAGGUCCAGUGGUCUCCUUGUUGCAAUGAAAAUAUUUCACCCGGCCAGAACAGCAAGUCUGAAAAUUUCUUACUGGGUUUAUAACUUGAGUUACAGGAAAUGAGGAAGUUAACAAUGGCAUGCACCCUGGCCAAAUUCCUGCGGAAAAAAGCUGCUUGCACAAAUGUGACAAUUUCCUGCCAUUGCAAAUCUAGAUUAAAGACUGCGAUUUCCAUACUGUGUCUUUGAUAUAGGCUCAGACCUAAUAUUAAACUAGAUUACAAGAUCUAGCUAAGGACGGAGGAUAUUUAAAUGCCAUACCACAGUAGAUGCCUCUGCACUGAAUUCCGCAGUGUAGAACAUGAACAAAACUGCUUUAAAACAACAUUCUCCAGUGUGUCACUGCAAUUAAAAAUUCUGUACAUUUUUUAUGCAUAAGAUUCUUUUAAAAAAUUGAGAUACUUUAUUACUUGUGGUUAAUGUUUAUGAAUCCCCUGUGUACAAAUCAUUUUCUCAGUCAAACAUUCUCUCACAAUUCAGCAGCACUCUUUCCCAACAGCUAUUUUCUCAUUGCCUAGCAACAAAGAUUUGUGGUUCAUUCUGUCUUUUUUUAGGACAGAUAUUGUUGUAUCUGCUCUCAUCAGGUAAUUCGGAUUCAGGAUGUAAUUUGGAAUACUGUACCAAUUUUAUAAACACACUCUUUGUCUAAAUGCCAGUGUGUAAAAGUGUAUGCUCCAGAUUUGAAACCAGAUCAUGGGUCUCAUCCAUUUACUUAUAAGAUUCCUUAACUGGAGAAGCCACUCGACAGCUGCCAAAAUAGUUCUAAUCUUAUGAUUAUCCAGAAUGUGAUACAACUCUGGGAAAGGCCUGCAACUCAGCUAAGCAGGGAUGGAAAUGGAAAUAAAGUGUUGCCCAAAAUUUGCCAAAGAUACAACAAUCCCAUUAUUUUAUAAUGUUUUGAUGACUCCCCAAAAAUAGGUACUAUUAAUUAGAAAUGCUGUAUGCAAAGUCCCAGGUUUGUGUGCUUUGUGUUGAUAUUCCGAUACUCAUAAAAUGACCCAAAGUGAAAUUGGUUGCUUUUCUGUGCAUGGCUCAAAAUUAUUAUUAUUAUUAUUAUUAUUAUUGCUAGGAUGACCCAUAUUUAUUUAUUUAUUGCUGCUGAGACCAUUGUUUACUUGCAGUCUCUUAUUGCACCAACAGGGGGCAAUCGGGUGACACAGUGUUCUGCAACAUUCGGAACAGCCUUACGGCUCUGUCAUUUGUAAUUUUGGCUUUAUGACUGCUUCCCUCACAAAAGUCUAAAAAGCCUUGACAUCAGAUGUACAGUGAAAAGGUACAUCAUUUUAUAUUUUAUAAAAAUUACUAUGUUCCGGCUUUAGAUAAUAAUACUUAUGUAAGAAACUCUCAAACAAAAUCUGCAUGUUUCUCACUCGAUUCACGCCAAUUUCUCUGCGCAACCAACAGCCUAUCACGUUUUCCAUUCAAACAUCUUGGGCUGGAAAAUAUAAUUCCUCAUGUGUAUGCCAUUUUGGUUGUUGAAAGUUUUACAUUUCUGCGAGGACAUCCUCGAUCAUCAUGUUGCUUACAUAUAAUAAGUAAAGCCAGAAACAAAGAAGUGCAUAUACAUAAUUUGCCAAAAGGGACCUUUUUAAAAAAUGUUUAAAUCAUUUUCACACAUUACUACAUCCCUGAUAAUCACAUAAGCAUUACAAUUUUCUUUUUUCAUACUGUACUUCACAAUAUGAAACUGAAUUUUCUGUUAUAUUUUCCAUGUAUAUCUAGGCAGCUUGACAUUUUACAUAUAGAAAUCUAGAACCUCUUUAUUUUAUUUAUAUUAAUUCUCAUUAUAGCUGGCUUGAAAUUGGUGUGCAUUUUUACUAUAGCACAGAGUGGCAGUAAUUAUCUUGUUCUGUUAAAAAACUGAAUCUUUUUUCUACAUUCAUAUUUUCUACAUUCAUUCUCCUAAUUCUGAAUGCAAUGGUAGAUGUUUUGAACAGAUUGUAUGCACCUUUCAGCCUGGUAUUUUUCAGGAGCUGGUUAUGUGAGAAACGUGACUUUGUCUUGUCACUUUUCUUUGUCCUUUUAAUGUUCAUGCUGUACAGUUCUUCCAAAAAGGGAGGGUGUUUUCUCAUGACUGGUUAACAAUAACUUGUCUUUUAUGCCUGAGCAGAGAGUACUAUUGCAUAUUUAUAUUAUCUCAAACAUCAAGGUUUGGCUUUUAAAAAAAUCAUAAUCAACAAAGUAAUAUAUAAUGAUGGAAAAAUGAAGAUAUAGUUUAAUGGAAUUCUUUAUCACAAACAUCAAGGUUUGGCAUUUAGAAAAAUCACAAUCAACAAAGUAGUAUAAAAUGAUGGUAAAAAUGAAGAGAUGUGUGGAUGCAGUUUCAUGGAAUUCUUUAUCUUUUGUAAACAUUUAAAAUAUAGAUAUGCGCUUUAUGGGACCUGUUUGAAUCUGCCCUUGACAGAUGGUAGUGACAAGAUGCAUUGCCCACUGGAAUAAUUUCAGGUAUGGGUACAUUGUUUUCUCUCACAUCCUGUCCACUUUCCUUACUGUCUGUGAUUUGAGGUAAUACCUGAGCACACUCUUUGCUUCAGGUUUUAAGAGACAUGCCAGGACCCACUCACCUUCCCCGCUUCAGUCUGUCAGAGAGAAUGUCUGCACUUUCACUCGUGGCUGCAGAUCAUUUUAGACGAUAAUGAUCCACUCUCUGCCUUGCUGUGGGCUGUUAAAAUAAUGCCUACUCUCUCUGCACUGUCGACUGGGCUCUGGCCAUAGUCCAAGCAUGUGGAGAACUGAAUGCCAGGUCGGGAGCUCGCAUGCCACACCAAGGUCAGUCAAGUCGUGUUUUGGAAAGAACCCAUGGGAGUGUGAUUCCGAGGUGUCAGUAUUCAGAUGGGCUGGGCUGGGUGCAUCUGCAUAUUGCGAUCCUGUACCUGUUGUUUCCACAUAAAAUAGGACACAGGAUGCCUUUUCUUCCUGGGUGGUGAGAGAUCUCUUUUCCAUCUGCUGCAGCAUCUCAGACCCAUUUAUUUACAGGCGUAAGAGAUUUAGAUUAAUUACUGCGAUUAUUCUUUUUUGUUUGUUUGAUGCUUAUCCGGAGAGACCUACAAGGUCACCUUUGAAAUGCAAAUCACAGGAGGACAGAUUAAUGAAUGUAAGCAUGUCAGUCGUAAUUAUUCUCCUGUGUCACAGCAAGGGAACAAAAGGAUAGAGUUCUUAGAACACAUCAUACAAGACAUUUCAUUUCACAUUAUUUCAUUGAAAUAAAUGAUCAUUUUUAUGGUACAAUCAUUAUUAGCUUAUUUUAGCAAAUAACCUAUUAGCCUUAACUAACUUUUGCCUAAUUGCUGAAAAUAUGAAAUGCAAUUGCAGCCAUUAAAAACCCCUCAAGAGUUGUGAAUAAGUAGAAGGUAUGAAUAAUUCCAUCUUAAUUCAGAUUUAAUUAUUUCAGGUACAACUUAUCCAAAAUGACAUACUUAUUAAUACAAUAUAAAUUUGAAUAGCUCCAUAUAUUCUAUAAUGUGGGUCUCUUGAUUACAAAUAUAUUCACUGGUGCAUGCUUUAUAUCUUUUAAUCAUUCAGGAUUUCUUUUGAUCAGUAUCCACAAUACAAUUAGGCCAGUGUUAAUUAAAACAAACUAGAAGUGUUUGCCACUUCUCACAGAUCCUCUCCUGCACAGGUCUUAUGUGUCAUUUCCUAUUUGUAUUGAUGGUGCCCAUUCACAUCAUUCACAUCAGCUAUGAAUACGAGAAGUACCAUGUUCAUUUUUAUAAUAAUCUUGUAGUCAACUGUGCAGUGAAGUAGAACACAUUUUGGCAAGGAUAAAAGGCAUGUUAUACAAGAUGUUUGUCAACCACACCAUAUUUACCACAACUCACAUCCUCAGAAUAUCCUAUACCAUAAGCAUUCUUUUUUACCUCUGCAUAUUCAUCUAGUCACCCAGAUGUGGUCAUCCAGGCCCUAUAGAGGCCCUAUUAUAUCAGCAGAAAGGCAUGUACACUCUUGGGAGCCCCUACACAAAGCUGACACAUCCCAUUGAGACACCUGCUCCUGUUGACAAUACUCCAGAAAUACCUAGGCUGCCAAAUGCUUCAGACAAAGAAAAGGUGCGCUGGAAUUCAAGCUAACAUGACAGACAUUGCCACUCAUUUUCUACUGAAACCCAGCACGUGCACUUCUACUUGUUAUUUUGCGCAGUUUGCUGAAGCACAGACUUCUGGACUUGUUCCUCCUGUAAAAGCUAACAUGGCUUGUGAAAUCAGUCCCCACUGUAGCGAUGAUGAAUCAGUUGUGUCCUUAUUUGAGGGACCUGUAUCUUGUAGGACUUAGUCAUAUCUGGCAAUAUACCACAUGGUUACUAAGGCGGCAAGUUCAAUCACUUUGGUUAAAAAAGCAAAGCGAAGAUUACUCUAGCAUGCCCAUCACUUACACAGGUAUUAAUCUUGUUAUGUAUGUAUCAACUUGCCAAGAUGUAUCCCUUGGAACUGUUCAGGAUUGUCGUCAAUGAGGACAAGUGACGACAAGUGAGAACAGCUGUGCUACAUUUCCAAGACACUGUUGGAAGUCCAAAGAUGCCCAUGGAUAUCUUUCAAGUGCGUAGGCAGAAUUACAGAGCGUGCCAGACUGAAUGCUGAACCCAAAUAGCCAAGUGCAGUUAAACCAGCAGGAUAACACACAACAUUCUAAGGAAUGGUCCAAGAUAGGACCAGGGAACAUGAUGCCAAAAGAUGAUGGAGUGUUGCUGGCCUUGCUUUUCUCUGUGAUGAACAGAUCAGAGCAUCCCUGGCCUUACUUUAACACUUCCAUAGAGCAUGCUGGGAGCGGGGUGACAUUCACCUCCCAGUGGAGUCCAGAGCACUGAGAUGGUGGCCAAGCAGGGUCCAUUAGACAGACAGGGGAGCCCCAGCCUUGGGAAAGGCCAAAAACAAUGACAAAUCGUGGGCCUAUUAAUAAACAGGACUCUCAUAUUUCCUGCAUACUUUGUAUAAUCUGAAACAGCUGUUAUCUCUUUGCAGGAAGUGGCCAGGCCAUGUGGGCACAGUGGCAGGGUUGCCGGGGUGAUAUCAGAAUGGGAUGGUACAAAUACCCAGUUGAGAGGCUGAUAAGAUAGCCCCGUCCAUCUAGCUAGAGUCCAGAUCCUUCCAGAAUGUUUUCAUUACUUGCUUCACUCUCCCUAUUCGGCAUGUAUUCUUCCCCAGGAAUGGCAGACCUGGUGUCCUAACAGGGGAAUCGGUGAUGGGGACCUCCUCUCUAUAUCGAUCUCUGCUGCUCAGCACUGGGGGAUUCAGCGUGUCGGACUACAUCCGCAAGUUUGGG